AUUCAACGCCGGGGUCACAACUAUGUAGGUACUCGAUACUCGAGAUAAUACUAGAGUAUCUAUUUUUGGAUCGCCGUUUGAGGGGAAAUAUGUGUGAUGGUUGGUUGGUUCAAUUGCGUAUUCGUGAGAUGAGACUUAACCUAGGGAAUAUGAUAAGAAUCCGGACACACCUCCCCCAUCUCUAUGGUUUCUCCUCCCUUCUCUCGAUAGCUAGUCCUCGUCCCAACUUAUUUUACUUGUGAUUAUAUCUUGUCUUUUCUACGAAGUGCACAGGUGCACUACAUUAUAAUAUUUACGUUCUCAGCUAGUUGUCUACCCUCCUAAUAUCCAUCCCCCCCCGUCUAGUCUCGAUUCGCAUAUUUACUUCUAUUAUUACAACCGGAUCACCCCAACAGACAAAGACAAAGACAAAGACGCAAUAUGAAAUCCACAUUUACUAUCAUCUUCGCCACGCUCAUCGGCCUCUCUAUUAGCGCCCCCUUAAAUAUCAACUUAGGAGCUUAUUCACCUGCGCUGGUAGUCGGUGAUGGUGCCAUUGGGUUCAACGGGGCGGAAGGCGCGGCGGCUGCUGAGGGUGCUGCGGCUCUGAAUGGAGAGGGAAUUGCUUCUGAAUAGGCACAUCAGAUACUGAACUAGAUGGCAGCUAGCUCUAUGUGAUACUAUCAUUUGAUACCCCUUUCAUAUGCAUCGACAUGGGAUACCAGGUCACCUACAUAUAAUAUUAUAAGCUAGGCGAGACCAUAUAUUCUGGACACCUUUCCCCGAGAGCGAAUACCUGUUCAAGUGUCGUUAGAAGGCAGACCAGGUCAUUAGUAGUGGGUAGGAUAUCAGUGUCUGUCUUAUGAGUGUAUAAAGAUUUAAGGGCAGGGGGAAAGGACCUCGGGAGUUGAAAGCGGGAAAGAUGAGAAGCUUAUUGCGUACAAGACAUAACGCCAGGGGAAGCUAGGUCACUACACAAUAAUUAAAUGGUAGAAAUAUAAUUGAUUCAGGCUAU